AUGGCAAGAACAAAGCAAACAGCUAGAAAGUCCACUGGUGGUAAAGCACCAAGAAAACAGUUGGCGUCCAAGGCCGCCAGAAAGUCCGCCCCAGUCAGUGGUGGUGUCAAGAAACCACACAGAUAUAAGCCAGGUACCGUGGCUUUGAGAGAGAUUAGAAGGUUUCAGAAGUCCACUGAAUUGUUGAUCAGAAAGUUGCCUUUCCAAAGGUUGGUUAGAGAAAUUGCUCAAGACUUCAAGUCUGAUUUAAGAUUUCAAUCUUCCGCUAUCGGUGCUUUACAAGAAGCCGUUGAAGCAUACUUAGUUUCCCUUUUUGAAGAUACUAACUUAUGUGCUAUUCAUGCUAAGAGGGUUACUAUUCAAAAGAAGGACAUCCAAUUAGCUAGAAGGUUGAGAGGUGAAAGAUCUUGA